AUGAUCGGAGUCGGGAAAAUGAAGCAGUACUCCAACGUCCUUGACAAGCCCCUCAGCAAAGGCAAGCAAGAGGUGAGCUUGACCGCAUUUGCUUUCUUAUUCUCGGAGCUCGUUCAGUACAAUCAAACCCAGGUUGACAAUAUUGCUGAGCUUGAAAGAAGGCUAGAGGAUGCUGGUUAUGCAGUUGGAUCUCGAGUUCUGGAGCUUCUUUGCAACCGAGAGAAGGGAAACCGAAGAGAGACACGGUUACUGGGAAUUCUAUCUUUCGUCCACAGCACCGUGUGGAAGGUGUUGUUUGGAAAGGUUGCUGAUUCACUUGAAAAAGGAACAGAACAUGAAGAUGAGUACAUGAUCAGUGAAAAGGAGCUUCUCGUCAACAGGUUCAUAUCGAUUCCUAAAGACAUGGGAACAUUCAACUGUGGAGCGUUUGUUGCCGGCAUAGUUAAGGGAGUUCUGGAUAACGCAGGGUUUCCUGCUGUGGUAACUGCUCAUUUUGUACCCAUUGAAGGACAACAACGUCCUCGGACUACCAUUCUGAUCAAGUUUGCUGAUGAGGUGCUUAAAAGAGAGGCAAGGCUAAGCCAAUGA